AUGGCGCUCGAACGCACAAUUGUACCCAGCCGAAUAUCAGAGCCUCGUAGUGAGCCUCGAACGGGGCCCGCUUUACGCAGGUCCACAACUCAAAUUCAUCUUGCUACGAGUGGACCGGCAGUAAGGUCACCUUAUGCCUACCAACAAUCAGUUCCGUCGAGAGAAUAUGGGCAACCUCUGGUAUACCGCACAGAAACAGUUGAGCCACUCGCCAGGCGCAAAGGCACAUUGGAUGGAAGCCACCCGGCCGAGGAGAGUGCGCCUGUGCUUUCUCGCGCAUGGAGGGGAGAUGAGCCAUACACUCGCCAUGGAGCCACCAGGGUUGGAGAAGACGUUGUGAAGGACGAUGGACCUGAGGAUCCCUCCGCUGUCUACCACAUCAGUAUUGCUUUACCCCCCAGCGACCCGUGGAUGGAAGACAUGCCAGCAAACGUGGCUUCACGACCAACCGACAUGUCGAGCUGGAAGGAUCCAGUGGGCGGGCUCACCCAACAUGACCAAAGUUUCUGGGAACAGGGCUCGACCCUGGCCCCCAGAGGUUCUCGUUAUUAUUGUCCCUCGAAGGAUUGCGGAAGACUCUUUGCUCGUCAAGGAGAUUUUAGGAAUCACUUAUGCCGUUUUCACGCUGAAUUAGACACAGAGCUCCUAUUGCGCAACCCACAGGCCUACCUUCGACCAGGAAGCAGCGACCCAGCGCAUUUAUCCACGUACAAUCGCCAAGUCAGUCAUCGUUCAAGUUAUGGCUCAUCUUAUAUUCCCGGAGUGAUUGGAGAGGACAAUGGACAGGGAUCAGAGCUUCAAGGACCUGUCCUGUCAUUCCUCAGACGCUUCAGUCAACCUGCGCAACAAGCCGAUCCGAUCACCAACGACCAGGACGACCAGUCUGACAUAACACCCCGUAGAGGGAGUUCUCGAAAUCAAACCACGCUUAAAGGCCUUACUCUCCGAUUUGCAAAGAUACCCUACCUCGAUUUUGUGGAGGUUGACAACUUCAUUCGCAGAAACCCGGGAAUCCUGGAAACGGAACAUCAAGCUUUGCUAGAAGAGGCGAAGAGGGCAUUCAUGAGCUCGGAAAAGUCAUUCGCACGAACAUGUGUGCAACAAGCUGUGGUGCUUCAAUUGUUGAAAGAUCGCCCUCCUACUGUUCAGCGCACGAUUCUCGACGACUUGGUCACAGAAGAUGCCCAGUUUAUGAAGCAGUUCUUCAAGCAUCGCGAUUCGACCUGGCAACAAGUGGCAGGAGCGGCAUCUAAUGUCUCUCCAAGCUCGCGACCAACAGUUGCCGAAGGAUCACCAAGACUUUUUACAGAGCUUGCUUUUUCUCGGGACAAUCCAAACCAUAAUAUGCCAUAUAUUCCCUUUGCCAUCGCUGGAAAUGCCAAUACCACCUCGGGCAUCACAAACACGAGAAAGGACGCAUUGGAGCGUUAUAUCGUGAGACCAUCGUCGUUCUUUAAAGCGGGGCGGGUCUUCGCAGUGUUGUGGUACGAACCAGGCAUGCAUAUGAGAGGAAUGUCGAUGACUACAAGAUCAACCGGUGACUCGACGGACUCAUUUGGACAAGCGAUCUACACUACUGUUCGGAGAAUGGUGGUUGUCAGGGAAGAUCAUGGGUUUUGUGUUUGCAUUCAGAUCAGCACUUAUGGUGGGAGAGGCCUUGCAAAGUUCAGGAGAUCGCACCGGGAAGUUGAAGCACACUCACGAAUUCGGAUGUCUGGUACUGAAGCGAAGUGGUUGGGAGAAGAGCCAAUCUCCUCCAAACAAGACAUUGAGGUUCACCCUGCCAGCGGGCAACGAUUAGACCCGUCGUCUCGUCUUUGCUACAGCCGCCCGCAUACAGUGGAACAUACUGUCAAAGCUAUGGAAAUUGGGAGGGUUGCAGCACCUUCACUUCCGUACCUUAUGGCGUACUUUCAAGAUGCCAAUAGAGUGGAACCGGGAACAUCUCUCAAUUAA